UGACCAAUGCAGUAUAGCUCUCCUGCCAUCCAAGUAUGAUAGCUUACUGUAACCCAUACUCCUGUUACCAUAUUCUAGAUGAUCCUAUUCUGCAACCUCCAUUUUUUGCACAAACCUCCUUCGAAUUGUAUUGCUACCAUGUAAAACUAUUUGUUCUGUAUGCAUUACCCUGCAAUUUUGAGGAUUGCACGCGACAUCUUACUGAAGAUCAAGACAUAGGUUUGAUACCUUUGACCCAAAAGAAAAAGAAGGCCAAACAUGGGAAUGCAUCUGCUGUUGCAAAGCCCAAAGAUGUUUUAUCCCAUAAGCAGUGGCAUUUGCGGGCUCUUGUUUUGAAGUCUUUAUAUCAGUGCUUCCUCUAUGACACGACAGAUCUGAAGUUUCUUGAUGCCUCAAAUUUUGAGGUCCUCCUGAAGCCUAUUGUUUCUCAGAUUGUGGUAGAUCCUCCAUCCUCUGCUGAUGUUUUAUUGGAUAUGCCUACUGUAGAUGAAGUUGAUGAAACACUGGUUUUGUGCCUUGGUCAAAUGGCUGUUACAGCACAUUCUGAUGUCUUAUGGAAGCCUUUGAACCAUGAGGUCAGUAUAGCACCUCGUUCACAUAAAUUUGUCAUUGGAGUUAUUGGUUAG